ACAGUUGAGGGAAAACGGCGCAACCGAAGGCCCGUCGGCGAGAUUUAGCGGUGGCGGCUGCUUUAUGACCUCCUCGGCGGAUUUUAACUUUGUGUUUUCGCCGUCAAAAAAGAGCUCUUUCUCAAAGUUGAGCCCGAGAGGAGUUCUCUCAUUCAGGAUGUCGGACUGAGACAAAGGGGUCUGGGGGGCAUUCCCGUCGGAGCGCAGGCAAAACUUGAUUCUUGAAGCCUCCUCUGAAUGGGAAAGAUGGAGAGGGAGUUGCAGUGGUGGAAAGGACAGCUAGCUGCAGAUAUCCAUCAAUCCCUCCGCAUCAAGGAGCUGAAGUUACCGGUCUACCGGGCCCACUCUCCGCAGAUUGGCAUGCGGCGGUACUUUGCUGACUUGUUGGCAAUCCUGAGCAAUCGCUACCAGCUCUGCCCGACAGCACGUCACCUGGCUGUCUACUUGCUGGACUUGUUCAUGGACCACUAUGAUGUGGCUGUCAAGCAGCUCUAUGUCAUUGCUCUGUCCUGUCUGCUGCUAGCUAGUAAAUUUGAAGAGAAGGAGGACCGGGUUCCCAAACUGGAGCAGCUGAACUCACUGGGCUUUAUGUGCAGCCUCAACCUAGUUCUCAACAAGAAGGAUCUGAUCAAAAUGGAACUUCUGCUACUGGAGACCUUUGGCUGGAAUCUGUGCAUGCCCACACCUGCCCACUUUAUUGACUACUACCUCCAUGCCUCAGUGCAGGAGGGUGACCUCUACAAUGGCUGGCCUCUGUCCUCCCUCUCCAAGACCAAGGCUUUCAUGGACAAAUAUACUCACUACUUCCUGGAGGUUUCACUGCAGGACCAUGCCUUCCUGAGUUUCAGACCAUCCCAGGUUGCUGCUGCAUGUGUGGCAGCGUCACGUAUUUGCCUUCAAAUUUCCCCAAGCUGGACGACUGCUCUGCAUCUACUAACAGGCUACACCUGGGACCACCUCACCCAGUGUAUUGAACUCAUGUUGCUGGCUCAUGAUAACGAUGUGAAGGAGGCCAACAAAGCUAAAUCCACCCCUCCUCACCGGCCCUCCUCUCUGCAGUCCCAGCCCUCUCACCUCUCCUCUCCGGUGUCGGCCAUCCAGAGACCAGCCUCCUCCUCCUCCUCCACCUCCUCCACACCACAGCUGCUCUUUCAGCCAGAUGGCUUCCCACACCUUUCCCAGCAUUCCCCGUCUCUCUCCCAGCUCCAAGCACUAGCUGACUCCCAGGCUUUGGGCUCUGUGGUGAACAUGUCUCAGGACUUCCUCCAGAGCCACAGGAUGGGUCUGCUAACUGGGGCUCCCUCCAUCACUCCUGGGGGUGCUUUCCCCUCCUACCCGAGCCUCACAUCAGGUCUGCAGCCAGGGGCGCGUGCGCUGCCGCUUCAGGGCCCCAUUUCUGUGCAGAUGGCCCUCGCUGGAGAGCCACGACACUGUUUGAGCAUGGCUUACAGCGGGGGAUACCUGGGGGCUCAUCACACGUUCACAGCUGGCUGCUUUGACAGGUGACGCCAGGAGACGGAGAGGGAACACAAACCCCAACGGGAGUCGACUGCUAUGCUUCCGUCCCAACUCCCUACCCCGAAACACCCUCUCACAGACCUCCUCUCUCUCUCCGUCGGCACUGCAACACCUUCAGCUUGUCCAGCUCCCUCGUCCCUCUCGCAGAGACGCCUCAAACGCAAGCAGAGGUCCAAAGGAAAGACAGACCCAGUGGAAGUCAUCACACUGACGUGACAAAUGCUCCACUGCCUCAUAUUAAAUAUAGAGGCGCUGCAAAAAUGUUACUGCCAUAUUCUGAACUGGAUUUAUAAAUCUGUGUUAUUAUGAGACUGUCAUCACUGUGAAUGAGAUGAAAGCAGCAGUGUGAUCUCACACCCACCUCAUUCAGUGCCUCUUCUCAGUUGUGUGAUAGCUGAGCCAAUUUUAGAAGUGCACAGAACACAAAGUAUCUGUGAUAAGCGUGUCUUGCUGCUUGACGUGUUUUUAUUUUUUUUUAUUUCCAUUUAGUAAUCCCAAAAAUUGAACACGUUUUAAAUAGGAAAAUUUGGCUGGUAUUGUUUUUUUGAGCCACCAUUUGAGAAGGAUAGAAGAAGAAAAUAGAGGCUUGUCGCAGACUUGGCAGGGCACAAAAAGGCUGUAUACGCCGGUAGAAUUUUUGGUCGUGUCUCCUGAAUGUCAGCAAACAUUGAUAAAACGAGCUGAAGGGCUCCUUUGGGAAUUCCUCACAACGUAAGACCUCAGAGGGGACGAAGAAUUCAAUGUUUCAUGCACAGCAGGUGAAGUCCGCAGAUCAGGCCUGCAGUGUUUUGUUUCUUCUUUUAUGUUCUCCUCUUUCCUCAUCUUUCCCAUCUCCAAAGUCGAGCCUUGCGGCAGAGCCCUCACACAUGCAAGUGAAAACGUGGCUCUCUUACAGGCUUUGUCAUACUAAAGUUUUAAUUUUCUCCCGAACCACUCAAAGAGUUAAACACAAACUGAUGUGACUGGACCAGCAUGGUGAAGGAGACAUGGACUUUGUUUGUGUAUUGUACAUAUGAAAUGCUGCUGCCUUCUUAUGAACUUUUGGUUCUGUGUCUGUGUUAAUGACUCCAAUGUUUACAUGAACCACUAAGUAUCAGGGACUUUAACAAGAUUACUUGAAUAUGAUGCCAUUGAAACAUGCCAUAGCUUUUAUUUAUGAUGACUCAUUUUUAUCUUGUCUUGAUUUUUUUAUUUUCUUUUAUUCAUUUUUGUUUGAUGUAGUGUAGCUUUGUAUACCAGCUUAGAAACCCACCAUUGAUUAAUUUUAGUUCUCUUUGUUCAUAGAAAUUGUAUAUUCAGGCUCAGGUUUUAAGGCUGAAGCUAGCAGUCUUCCCUUCAUUAUUCUGUGCUAUUGUGCUUUAAAGUAGAUGCUGAUUCAGUAUCUGUGGGGGCUGCAAUAUCCCCCUUCUUCAUCACUGGACCAUACUCUGUGUACAACUCAUUAACUGAGUGCACAAAACAGUCUCUUUGCUACACAGUGGAACAAACCCUCGGUCACUGGCUUCACCCACAAACAUCUGCAGCCAGUCCUUGGUAAUUGCUUCCCAGAUUUCUAAAGCUGCAAUCCCCAAUCUUCCGCUUCCUGUUAAAGUAUAAACACAUCCAGAUUCCAAGUGCUGGUCAAACUGGUUACCAUGGUGAUACCUUAACCGCGCGGACCCCAGGUUUUGGGGUGUUGUUGUUUUUUUUUUGAUUGCAUUCUGACUGAAACAUGGCUGAAGUUAAUUAAUCCGUCGGUUAUUUUCUUGAUUGACUGUCUGUGACAUUUCUGAAAGUACACAGUUUAAAAUGAAUCCGUUUUAUCCAGCCAACAGCGGAAAACACAAUUAUAUUCUGUUUAUAUCUUUGCUAUAUUUUGCAAAAAAGCAGGCUGGAAUGAGAACUCAUUUAGCAUUUUUGGCUUGAAAUAUUAAGCUGUUAAUUAAAAGAAAGUACAAACAAUGAAUCUACUAAUGGUUCCAGCUCUAGACUGAAUUGAAACCAACAUCCUCCCACACUUGGGGAGAAUUAUUUCCUUGUUUUGGAAGAAACUGUUAAGAAUCUAGAUAUACUGGUUGCAGUUUCGUAAACUUACGAAUUGCCUAAGGUUUAAUUGUUCCGACUUUACGCUUCAGUCUGUGGACACUGGACACCCUGUCAUGUUUGUGCCUCGUCCUCAGCAGCUGUCAGGCUUCACCUGUGAACCCUACGUUCGGAGACGUGUGCAGACAUUUCUCAGAUAACACUACAUGAAUCCCUCUGGAAGUGCAGCUCUCAAGAUUGAUAUAAUUGCGUUUCACCAAAUCUUUAACAGACAUCUGUUUGCUUUCCCACCACUGAAAAGUACACGUUCAUGCUUUUCAGCAAUAUGAACUAUGAUGCUAUGCCUUUUGUUUUUGUAUAGUUUUGUUGACUUUUCUACAUUCCGUUUGUUUUGAUUAUAUUUUACUUUAAUCUCUUUGUAAUUCUCCCAAUUAACGCUGUUGGUGUGGAUUGUUUUUAAGAGUUCAGUUCGCUCUUUUCCUCACAAUUCAUGAGCAACUUCUCAUUGAGGUGUCCAAGGUGCAAUAUGUUGUUUUUCUGUUGAAACUGACCACAGCCAUCACUGUCUCGUGUAUACCACUGGUUCAUCUUUUGUAACUUAUUUUUAAUAAUUGUGCGAUUUGACUUGCUGUAGCUUGAUCUCCUGUAGAUGGCGGUGGGCUCUGAACACAAUUAAUAUGUUGCAUAUUGCAGCCACAUGCUUUGAGUGAUAGAUAUUACCGAAUGCUUUUUUUUUUUUUUUUUGUCAUUUAGCUAGAGUUUUACCAUGCAUUUUUCUCUCCCGCGAAAGGUGCUGAUGUCACUCACACCAAACAAACACUUGUCUUAUGUGAUCGUAACAAAAUGACACCAUGAACUUCCAAUUUAUAUUUUUAUAUUCUUUUGUAACAAUCUGUAGUCUUGGUUUAUGUGACACUGAAUGAUAAGAAAAAAUCUUUUAUCAUAAAGUGCCAUGAAAAAAAAAUAAACACAAGUGAGCUGA